UGCCCUGCGCGCAGAAAGGGCUCGAUAAAUACGUCUGAACGAGUGAACGAAGGAGUAGUGUCGAAACGUGAACAAGAAGCACUCGCAAGAUGCCGCAGCCCAGCCACAUUUGCAAUACGCUUCCGUUACUCGGGGCCGUUUGCUGCCAUCGGCGAAACAGGGCAGCCAACUCCAGUUAACUCAAGAUAGGCAACCCUGCUAUUUUUAUCUUUGCCUCAAGACGGAAAGGAGAGGGAAGACGAGUUGGAACGACGGCAGCGGUUGUCGUUGCUCGCCGCUCACCCGGCAGCUGGGGUUCUUGGGUCAGCGCGGGCGAGGCGCCCAGAUCCACUACGGAGGAGGAUUUUGCCGACCGAAAGACCGCAGGGUGGAAUUUUGAAGUUAGAAAGAAGGCGGUUGGGAUCCCGGGCUGCUUCCCUUUCUGCUCCAUCCUGCUUGCAGAGCAGGGCGACUCUCGCUUGCCACCCAGGGAUGGAAUCAAAAGCAGGGAGGAGCUGGAGGAGCGGAGCUCUCCGUUUUUCUGUGCCCGCUUCAUCCCGGAAAAACCAUUCCCCCCCAAAGUCAAGGGCAAAGUAUCGCUUCUCGGGUUCAAUGUGCGCAGAGCCCAGUUCCGGAUCGUUGGAUCUUCGAGGGCCUUGAGCUUGUAGGAGAGCAGUGACUUGCUGAAGGACAUUUCCAAAGAAGGGUCAGACGUGUGUGGUGCACUACACAGGCAUGCUUCAGAACGGAAAGAAGUUCGAUUCCUCCAGAGACAGAAACAAGCCGUUCAGGUUCAAGAUCGGCAGGCAAGAAGUCAUCAAGGGCUUUGAGGAGGGAGCGGCACAGAUGAGCCUGGGGCAGAGGGCGAAGCUGACCUGCACACCCGACAUGGCGUACGGGGCGACGGGCCACCCGGGGGUCAUCCCCCCCAACGCCACCCUCAUCUUCGACGUGGAGCUGCUCCGGCUAGAGUGAAGAAGGCCUGCCCCCCCAGCCCCGCAGAGACGGCUAUUGCCGUUCAACCACCCGUCCCCCGCCCUUCCUUCCCAGGAGUCUUCCCGGCCAUCCAAUUCCACCUCCUCUCCCCCGCCCCUCGACUUCACAGACCAGUAUCGCCCACCCGCCCUUCCGGGAGGGGGUCGUUUAGCGCUUUCUCUUCCACCCCCCCCGUCCCCCGAGCUGUGGUGUCCGCCCCGUCUUACGGUUUCCAAGCUUCUCCGCUCCCAGACAACUUUGGACGGUACCGGUCUCGAGUCGUACGGUUUGAUUUGCAUGGAAUAGCAUCCCCGAUGAUUCCUCUCACCGUAGAUGACUUGUUAAAGAGAAACCACUGCCUUACUUGUAUACUCACAACCAAGAACAACAAGGUGCUCAGACAUAAAACGUACACGUAACCUGGUACACGGACGGGCAUUAGCCAAACAGUUACCUGCGCUGCCACUUUUUUCCUCGGAAGUUCCGCUUGCUGCUGAUUUAAACGGAUGUCUCGUUGGAAAUGAAAAAUUAUGCAGAAUAAAGGCUCAGUACUUUACGGUU